AUGGCUUCAUAUGAAGUCGAACACUCAACAACACCCGAUACCGCAGCUGAUAAUCAACCUCACUCCUCCCCGCGCCACCACCGCCGCCCAGACCUCUCCAGCUUCUUCGCAACCCUCAACGAAAUAACCCCCAACCCAUCCGAGUCGCGCACACGACCAGACGCAGUCCCCGUGCCAGGCGAUGUAAGCGCUGCCUUCCGCUCCCUCGCAGAGGCUUUAGACGUGAUCCGACGGGAAACAGAGAGCGGAGGCGAUGCGCCGCUGCCCGUGUACGAUGGACACCAACCGGAGGGGCUAGGGCUGGCUGGCGAAGGUGCAGACGGGGGUUUGAUCGGGCAAAUGAUUCGGACAUUGUUGCAGGAGGCGGAAGCGCCGCCGCGGGAAGUGGAGGGGGUUAGCGAGGGGUUCUGUGAUGCUCUUGAACGCGUUGCGACUGCUUCGUUGAAGCCUUCUCAAUCAUGUCCUAUAUGCAACAAUCCGUUUCUGGACGAUCCGUACCCGCUUGUCGUUCGAUUGCCUUGCCAUACGUCGCAUCUUUUUGAUCUCGAAUGUGUGAGGCCGUGGCUUCGCUUGCGGGGUACAUGUCCCCUUGACAGAUUUGAUUUUGGGAAGAAAGAACGGGUUAAGGAGCAGGAAAGAAUAGAGAAGAUGAUGAAGAGGAGAACUGCUACUGAAGAAGAUGAAGAUGCUGAAUGGGAUGGCAUGUAUGGAUAA